AUGAAGAUUUGGAAACUUGAAGACCCUCUACCAGGCGAAGAUGUAUUCCAAGACGAGGAACCUUACGACAAGAGCUGGAUAUUUGAAGACCCCCAGUCAGAGGAGAUAAUACAACAGCUCGGUUUCGACAAGCCGACAGCCUCUCAUUUAUGGCGAAGGUGGAGUGAGUGGGCAGAAGAAGGGGGCUCGGAAUUUGAUUGCGCAACUCGCGACGUCCCAUUCUUGGCUCUUAUCAAAGGCAGAGUCGAAUUUUCCGACGACGUUUGGGGUGAUGAUGAUGCGGCCUGGAUCAGAUGGAUGCAGAAACACGGAAUCGCAACUGAGUUGCAGGAUGCUAUUAUGGAUACAAGAUUUAAACAACUUCGAUUGACGCGGACUUGUGAGCAGUGGGUUCUCGAUAUAAUCGAUAUGCGCUACGAGACAUUUUACGAGUCUGAAGUAACCGAGGAUCUUUAA